AGAAACGCUCGACGAGACAGGAUCUAAAAAGCAAGACUGUACCAGUAAGUUGACAAGGGAAUUUGGAACCGGGUUCUCAAUAACAAUAGUAUAGACAUGUCAUACUACCUCUCGGUCGUCGUUUACGGUCCUGGUGAUGAUCCAAACCACCGCUCCCACUGGGCUUUCGCCUUCCAUGCGCCCGACUCCUCAGUCGGCAACCUUCUCCAUGUCACUCUUCUCGACCUCAACAAACUCGUCUAUGCUUUCGACAAGCGCAAAGGCGUCGAGGUUCAGUCUAAAUCAUCCGAAGGCUACUUUACCAUCGCAACCUUAUCGCCAGAGCAGUAUCAACGUGCGGAUCAGAUCAUCAGUCAGGAGCCCGCUCCGAAGAAUGGGAAGGACAGGUGCCAAGAUUGGGUGCAGAAUUGUAUCAUUGCACUCGAGGUGGAAGAGAUUGUUCCGCCAGGAACGAGCGAGUGGCUUGAAGGGUUGGUGGGACAGCCAGCGGCGACGGUAGCGAGUAAGACCGGGUCCCGUUGGGUGCGUACCAUUCGUUAGGGGGGCCUUGAGCAUGGUUGUCAAGUA